AUGAAAGAACGCGAUGGCUGCCAAACGAUCGAUUCGUCGAAAAAGCACAAAGGAAGGUCGAAAAAGUAUAAAUCACCGCCCAGAUUGUUCGACCCGAAUUGCUGGCCGAAAGUAAUAAUAUCUCGCGACAACAGAAUUUGCAAAAUAGCCGAUGAAUCUUCGGGAACUAGUUCUACGUUCCUCGAGGCACAGUCCACUAAAUUGCAAGCUAAAGAAGAGAAAGAAGAAACUGCCUGCGAUGUGCAACACUUGUGCUGCGAGGAAAGCUACGCGAAUUUUGAGGAGGAACAGAGCGUCUGUUUGAUCAGCAGCUCCAGCGAGAUUCAGGAAGAUUCGGAAACGUGCGAAACCACGACAGAAAACGAAAAGGAUUCGAAGAACAUUGAUGAACCAGUUCUCGAUUGUUCGAUUUCUGAAACGAUCGUCCAGGACAGGCCCAUCUUCGUCGACCUGACAGCCGACGAGAAGAACACGUGGAAGCAGACUAUUCUGAAGCGGUUUAGCGACGUGGACACUUUGACCAGAGCGAAUCAAGAAGAAACCGGAAACGAAAAAUGCUCUGCAGUCGUUGCCUUGGAGCCUCGAAUUAUGAUAGCAGAUAGUUCCAGUAAAGUAAAUCACAAAGGACCUGCCAGCUUGGCAACUGCCUUACGAGAUCGCAGGCCAUGUUUUAUACCGGUGCAACCGAAUCAUUCUCUGCCAAUUCGUCCAGCUCCGCCCGCGCCUACAAGAUCCUUCCGCGUGGACUGUUCAUCUCUGUUGGUUGUAUCCAAGCCCAUAAAUCUGGACAUCGUUGAAGUGGAGCCAGUGAAAUCAAUCAGUAUAUCUAACGAAGAGGUUCUCAAAAACGCAGAUAUGAAUCUUGACGAGCAAGAUACUAUAAAAGAGUCCGCGGGCUCCCUGAGCUACGUCAUUCCCCAAAUUUCCAGCGUGGAAAGCCUUCGUUGGCCCAAGAGGAAAUUCAACGACGACGUGGAGCACGAGAACAGAAAGAAGAAAAGAUCGCAGGAAGCGGAUUCUAGUCAGAGCAGAGAGGAAUGCGUCGAGAGCUCUAUCAAGGAAUUUUUAAAGAAUUUCUGUGGAUCCAAGGAGACAGGGGGAUCACAGAACUUGUGUGGGGACAAGUGUGCCAAAAUGGUGUCGACGUCCAAGGAAGACAAUGGCAGCAAAGUGGUGCCCCCGUUGAGAUUGAAGAAAGUUCUUCGUACAGAGGCGGAUAAAUAUAGCAAUUCCCAGAUCACUGCGGGAUCGGAACAGGAAUCGAACUACAGAAUCAUCACAGGCUCCACGCCUCGGCCACAAUCGGACACGAUUCCCAGCACAUGGUCCGAAAUGCUCUGCGAAAAGGAAACGAAUCCCGCGUCUUUGAAAACGGACAGCUACAAGUUGAAGUACCGAAGAAACAGACUGAAGCAAAAGCUUCGCGAACUGCGGAGCAAGGCUCAAGAGUUAGCCAAGCAAAUGGCGAACGACACCAGCUACCAACAAAACACCAGAUUGAGACAGGUGAUGAAUCGCUACGAAAAACAGAUCGAGAACGUGUCUAAAUUGCACAGCAAAUUGUCCGUAGCCAUUCCGGCCUCGAGCGAAGUGAUUAACGUAAACGACGACGGUGCAUGUCCAACCGAUGACAAAUACCUUUUCGUGAACCUAAACGAGGAGAGCGAAGAACCACUAAAAAACAACUUUUUAGAUUCGUCGCCCGAACCGCCUAAGUUGUCGCCGCGAUCGCCGUUGAAUUACGAAACUGUACAGCUCGGGGAGAUCAGCAACAGUCCUCCGAUCCUACCAAGAGUCUGUCUCCCCGAUUCGAUCGACGAAGAUCUAGAUUUACAAGUCUCAGAAACGAAAAUCUGGCCGAUAAUCGAGAACUCGAUGGAACCCACGGUUUCCACUAUUCAGUGCAAUUCCAUAGAGGAAGCUCCUGCGGAUCUCGAGGAGUGCGUGCAAACGAGGCAACAGAAUAGUACGAACAACGUUCACGUAGAAGAUUUCGAUAAUAAAUCCUUAAAUCGUACGGAAAAAGUAAUUCGAUUUUUUGAGGAUGAUCGUAUAAGCAUGGAGAAGAAAGAAGAAGGUAAUAAACUGGUGGACGAGACUCCAGAUCCUGCGAUGGUCCAGGAAUCGGAGAAAAUUAAGUGUCUCGGAUUCUCUGACCAGAUCACUGGCAUAAAUUCUGUUGCAAGCGGUUUGGAAGCGGCUGCGAGCAUUUCAGCCAGCACAAUGUUCGAAUCAACGCCCGACAAGCAACUUACUUCGUCGAGGGAGCGUGUCCCGCAACAUAACUCCUACGUGUCCAGUAGGAGCAAUGUUAUGUUCACAAAAGUCAGCGAAACCGGUCAAAAUAUGGAAAAGGUUACAUCGAGCUCGAAUCAAUCGAUCCAAACCGAUUCCAUAGGGGCAUCGAAACAGGAACACGUCACGUGUUCAAGUUUAUCUCACAAAGGAGAAAAACUGUCGAACGAUCCUGCGCAAAGGAGCGGCAGCAGUAAUUCGAUAACCGAACAAUUUCCAACUCUUGGUAACUGGGUGGCACGAAUGUCGAAGAAGCAAACUUUGAAGCCCAAAUCUAAAUUACAAACCAUGGGAAAUGAUUCUUUUGCAUCGACGGAGAACGCUUCUCGUAUUCCCGGGCCCGAAAUGCAAAAGAUAAGUGGUCCCAGUGCGACUGACAAUAUAUUGAACAACACUCCUCAAUGCAGUACGGACAGAUGGCAAUAUUACCAACAACAACAACGACGACAACAAUUACUACAACACGUUGCUGGGUCCGUAACUCUUUCUCAACCAGUUCCAUCGGUACCGCCUUUGCGUCCCAACAUCUAUUCGCCAAUCCCUAUGAAUCAAUUUUACCCAAACAAUUAUGCUAUCGACCCCUACAACGGUGUCGCUCUAAGUUAUCAUCCAGCAAUGUAUCCUUACGGUACCUAUCCGUAUCACUCUCGAUUGCAUCCAAAUUUCUUACCAGGAUACCAUUUUCCCAUGCAAGAAGGUCUGCGGCCACUACAACACGCGGACAAACGUUUUCCACCCAUGCAGGAGCCAAUGAUGAAGUAUCCCUCUCCAACUACAAGCAACCUACAACAUCCAAACAACUUGAGUUUCGAUCGUUUGCGAGGAAGAUCUACUAACAACGCUAACGCGGGCUAUCUACCGCCCCUUUUUUUGUCAUCGCCAUCUUUACCCGCGUCGCAACAGACUCUACUGCGAGUACCCUUGACUGGACAUUCGAUGAAUAGCCAGUAUUCUCAGAACAGGAUGAUUCCGGACGUAGUCGCGGCCGCGGCUGCCGCCGCUGUUGUUGCGGCAGCUUCCUUCGACAGGCAACGCGACACGUUAACAUCCAACCGAGCAAACAACGACGCGUUGCAAACUUCCAGCCUGUCAAACGUUAUAGAGUCACCGCUCGUGGCAAAUGUUAAUAAGCCAGUCAUUAACCGAGAUGCGACCAAUCACGCGCAAGACGUUAGUUUUGGCGAAGAAGGCCACGAGAACAACGUCAAGUAUCAAGAGAUGCAAAACAUUCUAUUCGAUCGAUUAUCGCUCGUCAAAGGCACCGAUAAUUUUGCACAAACGAACCCUGUUGUUGCCAACGACGCCCAGGCAAUGCCAUCCAUCGACUCGACGACGCCGUAUCGGGUGGCUUUGGUACCCUCCCACGCACAAUUGUCGAAGACCACACCGGGGAACCCGCUUAGGAAUUGCAAGACGCCGCAUCUCGGUAAGGUGAACCGAAGCCCUAACAGCUUACAUAAUCUUUCGUGCUCCAAUUGCGGAGUCAUCGGGCCCAAAUUUAAGUGUCUCGGAUGCGAGAUGAUAUUUUACUGUGAUGAACGGUGCCAAGAAAAGCAUUGGGGGGUUCAUAUGCAAUGGUGUCCAAAGAAAAUGCCAAAACUGAAGAAAGUCACUUGA